CCACAGCGAGCAGGUAGACCUCGCGUUCGUGAUCCGUGUUCGUGAGCGAGAUUCGUGACCGCUCUCCCACAUCCUCAGCGCGCGUGUUUCGCAGUGAGUUCGCGAGAAGUGGAGAUGCGUGUGUGUGUGUAGAAGCGGCUGGAUACUCAUUGCGAGAUGGUUCUAUCGCAAAUCAGACGUACGCCGAGAGACUCUCGUAAUUUGCUCCAACAUAGAAGAUUUCUGUUUCGUUGCUCUGAAGUAAACAGUGUGGUUAUCUGAGAAUCGAUCUUUCUUAUGAUCUUUCUACAAAGCUAAAACGAACGUUAUUCAUUACGGAUAAAUGGAGAAUCGCGGAGUAUCGUUGCGUCGUAAUUCACGCGAGUCAUUCCCGAUCUGAUGGUGCAGUGCUCGCUGGGAAUCGUCGAUCAUUCUUGCGAUUAUACCCGCGAAGUGAAUUCGUAACCGGAUAUGCUCGAGCGAGUUGUGAACGAAUGAACGGAGUAGUGUGUGUCGCAAUUCGACGGACUUUCCAUUCGCGUAGCCUUGCUCCGAACAAGAUCGAGAAAUCGCGGGACGAUUCGCGACGAGUCUCGAGCUGAAUAAACGUCUCCUUCUGGGGCAGUGUACGACAUCGAGCUGCGGAGUGCGCGAGGCAGCGGUGGAGACGUAAGAAACUGUCCAGGUUGAUAGCCGGUCGAUCGAUAGCGCGGCGAACUUCCGCGAUCGAUAUCCCCGGGGAGAAGAAUAGCGGUACGUUGCACUCGCGCAAUGAGAACAUCGCCGUCGUUGUCUUAUACAAUAAGGAUGCUGUUAAUUGCAAUAGUGGAGGACUCAGCCCGUCUAUAUUUGUGCGAUUACGAGUGCACCGAGCGCAAUGUCAGGGCGACCGAUCGCUUCCGGUAGCCGAGCGCUGACACGAUUCUCUGCGACGAGGAAGGGAACUCGCGGGACAGACCGACGACGAUUGCGAUUACGCAGAGAGAGCUAAUCAAUGGCGUUCGAUAAUUUGACGCUACCCACGCACAACUAUGCGGUGUCCACGAGGGAAAGUCGAUCGUGACGUCACUAACAUUAUUACCGUGUCCGAAUACGUUUGACGUGUUGUUGCCGAAGUGUACACCUGACGCGGUUUUCUCCUCCUUCGUAUAUCGAUCGAGAACCGCGAGUUCGUGACGGAAACAGAAGUGACGUUACGUCGUGCUGUGUCGUGGAAGGUACACCGAUAACUCGCGAUGCUACCGAAGAAAGACAGUCAGACGGAGCCGUACGCUCUCGAAGAUAUGAUAUCGGAUCUUCAGGCGAGAAGGCACUCGUUGGAUCACGAGGACGUCGUGCAGGAUCCAGCCGAGUUACUGAAGCAACGCGAGAGAGAUCUCGUCCUGGCCGCUGAACUCGGCAAGGCUCUACUCGAAAGGAAUCAGGAGUUAACGAAGCAGGCUGAAACCUUAGCUGAGGAAUACUCCGCCAAAUUAGAAAGUUUGGAGCAGGAGAGGCAUCUACUGCGGAGGAGACUCGAGGAAGCCAGAGAUGAGAGUGAGACGAGGGCUUUGGAGCUCCAAGCUGACGUGGAGAGCCUCAGGAGCCAGUUGGAGGAGCAAAAUGAAAGGGCGAGAAGAGCGGAACGCGAUCAAGCCACCCUAGUUGCGGAGUUGACGGCGCAAAACACGAGGCUGGCCGAUCAGAUGAGGGAAGCUGCCAAACAAGAGGAGCAGUUGCUCGCGGAAGUGAAGAGGCUGAGAGAAAAUUGCGCUCUCAGGAACACUACCCUGCAGGAUCAUGUCAGCAGCCUAGAAGUCCUCAGGGACGAGGUACAACUGGUAUCCGCACAAAGGACGGAAUUAGAGAGGCGGUCCUUGGAGCUGCGAGAGGAGAGGGCCAGGGCGAUCGCAGCCCUCGAGGAAGCCGAGGAGAGAGCUACGGCCAUGGAACGACUCGGCCACGAAGCGGAACACCGCGCGAGAGUGGCGGAGCAAGAGAGAGACGAAUUGGCGUCAGCAUUGGCAGCUAUCGAGGCAGAAAGGAGAGCCCGGUCCGGUUCGAUACAGAAAACACCGAGGUCUUUGCAAGCAGAAAUGGAGUGCGAGGAGAGUGGCAACUCGCUCGGAGAACAGGAAGACGGAAAUCUGAGAACGGAAGUUGCAAGGGCGACGAAGCGGCUGAGGGAACUGUGUGCUCAUCUGAGACGCGGCGAGGACGACUCGGGUCUGCAGAGCGACUGCGACGAAUCCAUGCUGGUAAUCAAUCUCAACAACUCCGAGGCAGAGGUAGGCACUAACGACCGGGAUACUCACUCUUCACCGACAAAUUGUCCGGGUGCGCUGAUAGAGCUGGUCGAAGAAGUCUAUAAUCUUGCGCUAUCAGGUAGAGGAGCACCAGGAGAAUUAGGAUUGGCGGUGGAACUUCAUAGGGUACGGGAAGAACUGGAGAACUCUCGGGAGCAGUGCAGGAUACAGGAAGAGGAACUGAAGCGACGCGGCGAUACUAUUCUGGAGCUGACGAGCAAGUUGAGUGUCUGCGAGGCUGAACUACGCGGUGCCAAGGAGGAACGUGAUAGGGCGAGGUGCGACAUCGAGCAUUCCGAGCUGACAAAGGACGAGAUCGUGGCGAAGGCUUACAAGGUGCGAGACCAGGCAGUGGCCCGACAGAAUAGGGUGGAGGUGGAGCUGGCUAGGACGCGGAUAGACAUUUUACAGGCGGACAGUCAGCUGAAGGAGGCGAUCAAGCAGAAGAUUGAGCUCAGUCAGCAGCUGGAGCAAUGGCAAAUGGACAUGCAGGCGCUUCUGGAUGAGCACGUGCGAAGCAAACUAACUCCGACCUCGCAGAUCGUCGCCACGAGUGAGAACUCAGAUAUGUCGGCGCCGGCCAGGAAGAAGAGGAGUACCGGUUCGACGAAAAAGAUGUUCGGCCUGUUUUGACGAAAGUGACGCAGCGCGAUGGCCUCGCUGCGUUAAGCCGAGCGAUCGCGACUGACAUAGAUUUUGACUCCUGAUUCCCGCGCAGCCAUUUCGCAUAAAAGAAACGUUAACGGAACGAAGAGAUAAUUGCGAAAAGAAAGUGAAUUUAGGUGUACUUAUCUUUCUAAAAACUGUUCAAUCUCGUGACGAAUAGGGUAGCAUUUUAGACAUCUUCUACUUUGCUACAGUCAUUAUAAAUAAUGCCAUUUGCAUCGCACGAUUGCGAUUUAUGAACAAGCAUCUGGGACUAAUCUCAAACUAGCGGCUCUGUGUAAUUAAAAUUAGCAGCUCGAACCAGACCGGACACGUCUAGAAAUCCUUAAGAGAUUGGAUAUCAUGCGUUUGAUCCGUCAUUUUUCUGCUUAAGAUAAAAUGAGAUAGAAUAUGCAUAAAAUAAGAUAUCUAUGCAUCUCUUUUUAUCUUAUGCAUUUCAUCAAGUUUUCUAAAUGGUAUCCAAUCUCUUACUUGAGGAUUGCUCAAGUAAUAGAUCUCUCUUAUUUGAAGAUCUCAAGACACGUCUGGAUUCGUGCGAAUCUCGGGAUAAAUGUUGAAGCAUCUCAGUGCGACAUGACUCGUGCGAGAAACGUUCACGUUGUUCACAGCGAGGAGUCUAUUACAUCGAUGCUGAUGCUCGUGUCGAAACCGUAAUUCGAAUUUAAGUGGCGUCGCUUGCAGAAACAGGGACGUUCGACUUUCUACAAUUCCUCAACUAGGGAAAGUUGCGGACCCCCAAACGUUCUCGACGUGUCCAAUAUUGUCGUCAUCAUAUUUUUCACCUUCGUCUCGAUACCCGCGUUUUCUGUCGGCCACUUUUUUUAUCAAGUAAUCGAUGUAAUCCGGACUGCUCAUUAUCGCUUGACUUCGUAGACCAUUCAUGCGAAAAGUAUUAAAUUGUGUUGCGACGCUAACGGAGUCAGUAAGAUGGACAAGUCGUUAU